CGCGCCACGACAGACGGCUCCAUGCCAAAAUAUUUCCAGUAUUAUAGUUUAAGUGAACUGGCAACAUUUUCAAAAUAGUAAUUUUAUAGUCUAUGCCUUUUCUUUGACAAGUGUCACUAUUCCAGAAAUUGUCUCUUUUCGGUGGGCCGUGUUAGCGGAACGAGCUCGCCAAGAUGGUGAAUAACAGGGUACCGUCGGUAUUCUCCAAAACCUAUGUGACGCCUCGUCGUCCCUUCGAGAAGGCGCGUCUCGACCAGGAGUUGAAGAUCAUCGGAGAGUAUGGUCUCCGCAACAAGCGUGAGGUAUGGCGCGUCAAGUACACGCUUGCCCGCAUCCGUAAGGCUGCCCGUGAGCUGCUCACCCUCGAAGAGAAGGACCCCAAGAGGUUGUUCGAAGGUAACGCGCUUUUGCGUCGUCUUGUCAGGAUCGGCGUGUUGGAUGAGAAACAGAUGAAGCUCGAUUACGUGCUCGGUCUGAAGAUCGAGGACUUCUUGGAGCGCCGUCUGCAGACCCAGGUGUUCAAGGCUGGUCUCGCCAAGUCCAUUCAUCACGCACGUAUCCUCAUCAGACAGAGGCACAUCCGUGUACGCAAACAAGUGGUGAACAUCCCUUCAUUCAUUGUUCGCCUGGACAGUGGCAAACACAUUGACUUCUCCCUGAAGUCGCCCUUCGGUGGCGGCAGGCCCGGUCGCGUCAAGAGGAAGAACCUGCGCAAGGGACAGGGUGGCGGCGCCGCUGCUGAUGAAGAGGAGGAUUAGACAAUAAAUGACGUGUUUAUUAUCUCAA